CGGGAAGUGACUACUACAACUACAAAGGUUUUUUUUCAAUUGCCCUUAUGGCUGCUGCUGAUGCCAACUACAGAUUCAUUUAUGUAGAUGUUGGCGCAUACGGGCGUGAGAGCGAUGGAGGUGUCUUGGGUCGCAGUGCCUUCGGAUCCAGACUGGCAGAGGGCAACCUCAAUCUACCCGCCCCUGCUGUCCUACCAGGCACCACAACGCCCAGUCCUUAUUUUUUUCUGGGGGAUGAGGCCUUUCCCCUACAGGUGAACCUGAUGCGUCCCUAUCCAGGUACUAACCUGCAGGAUAGGAAGCGCAUCUACAACUACCGACAGGCCAGGGCGAGACGCGUAGUGGAGAAUGCCUUUGGCAUAUUGGCUACGCGCUUCAGAAUCUUUGGCCGUCCAAUUGACUGCCAACCUGAAAAGGCGGUGAAGAUUGUGAAGGCGUGCGUGGCUCUCCACAACUUCCUGGCAUCCACCGAACGAGCCAGAUACAUGCCCGCCUCCUUUGUGGAUACGACCGCUGACACCGGAGAGGUCCAGCCUGGAGAGUGGAGGCAGCAUGUCGAGGGGGACCGGAAUAUGGUCGACGGACCACGGUGUUCGGUCGGCAGAGCCAGACCAUCUCAAAGAGCGGCCCUUGUCAGGGAGCAGCUGGCAGAUUAUUUUCUGUCGGAUGCUGGCGUGUUUCCCCACCAGUACAAUGUGCUACGAUUGGGCACUGACCAAUAAACGUUUUGUU